AAGAUGAAACGAGAAUUUCAUUGUUUAGAGGACUUAAUUCUGAAGCAACCCAACCCGUUUCUAUCCAAUUGACAAUUGAAGUUCCCGUCUUCUCCUACUUUAGGCUUUUCUCUUCAAGUCCGAAUUGCUCCACUUCCAGUUCCAGUCGAACCAGUCCCUUCGAAGAAAACGAUUUGAUGGAUAACAAUAAUUGGAGGCCUCCUCAAGUUGGAGAACCACCAAUUGAUGCAGGGGAUUGGAGGAGUCAACUGCAGCCAGAUUCACGGCAAAGAAUUGUCAACAAGAUAACGGAUACAUUGAAGAGGCAUCUUCCCUUCUCUGGUCAAGAGGGAUUACAGGAAAUCAGGAAAAUCGCUGUAAGGUUUGAGGAAAAGAUUCACACCGCCGCCACCAGCCAAUCGGAUUAUCUCCGGAAAAUUUCUCUGAAGAUGCUCAGUAUGGAGACAAACUCUCAACACAGAAUGGCCAAUUCUUCACAAUCCAACUCUGCUGGUUCUUUUGGUGUGCAACCCCAAGUCCCCUACCAAGGGCAAUUACUCUCUAUGCAGUUGUCGGCGAAUCAGUCUCUAGCACGCCAACAACUAUUAUCACAGAACAUUCCGAAUAACAUUCCUCCUGCCUCUGGUUUACCCCAGACUCCUAUCCCAAAUUUGAUGGAUACCCAUAAUGAGAGGCUUCUGCAAGGUGGUGAACUGCCAAUGGUCGCAGGCAAUUGGAGGAGCCAAUUGCUGCCAGAUUCACGGCGAAGAAUUGUUGACAAGAUACUUAAUACGUUAAAGAGGCAUCUUCUCGUCAGUGGUCAAGAGGGAAUCGAUGAACUCAGGAGAAUUGCUGAAAGGUUUGAAGAACGGACUUAUGAUUCUUCCUCAAGCCAGUCUGAUUACCUACGGAGAAUUUCUUUAAAGAUGCUCACCUUUGAGGCCAAGUAUCAAUGGACAGCACCUACCGCCGCCCCCUCCAACCUGAAACGGCAUCGUGUCUUCCCUUGACAUGUGAAAUAUACAAAUUUCGUGACUUGGUCUUAAAUAAAAUGCACGUAUUUGUGAUGAAAAAUUUCAGAAACUCAAAUGUUUGUCGAAGAAGAGCAAGAAACAAUUUCUAAACUGUUUCUAAUGCUGCUACUUAGUAGGAACACUUUAUUUAUAUGCUUGUAAUAAUCCUAUAUUUUAUAUUGUAUAUUCUUUUU